AUGAAAUUAAUUGUUGGUCUUGGUAAUCCGGGUAAAGAAUAUGAAAAUACUCGGCAUAAUUUAGGCUUUAUAAUUGUUGAUAGAUUGGUCCAAAAAUUAAAUGUUGAAUUAAGUAAAAAAAAGUUUAAUGGUUUAUAUUGCCGAACCAGCGAAUAUAUUCUCCUCCAACCCCAAAAUUAUAUGAAUAAUUCAGGAGAAUGUAUUAGGGCUUUUUUAAAUUAUUUUCGGAUACCAGUAGACAAUUUGUUGGUAAUUUAUGACGAUAUUGCCUUGCCAUUAGGAAAGUUUCGUUAUCGUAGCCAAGGUUCGGCAGGCGGACACAAUGGAGUAAAAGAUAUUAUUGAAGUAUUGGGAAUUUUACAAAAUUUUCAGUCCGCAGAAAAAGAAGAAAUAAAGAAAAUUAUUCCAGAUUUACUGACCGACCCCAACACCCAGGUAGGAGCAGUAAUAGUUAAUCAGAAUAAGGAAAUUGUUGCUACUGGUUAUAAUGAAACCAAAUAUCCGUAUGUCGUUCAUGCUGAGGCUAACGCUAUAAUUCAUGCUCGCCAAAAUUGUCGGGGUUUUUCGCUGUAUACCACUCUUUUUCCCUGCUGCGAAUGUGCUAAAUUGAUUAUUCAAGCAGGAAUAAAGCAUAUUUUUUACUCUCAUGAUAAAUAUAAUGAAAAGGAAGAAGUAAUGGCAGCAAAAAGAAUGUUAAAAGAUGCGGGGGUUGAAUAUGGACUGGUUGCGGCCCCGAAGAUAGUUUUUGAGAGAUAA